GGUUGGCCGGCUGUUGCGUUGUGAUGGAUCAGGCAGAAUUCCAUAAGAGAAAAUGAUCCUUGUCUAGGCGCAGAGGGCUUGGAUCCUAUUACCAAAUUCCUUGACCGGUGCUCCUCCGGUAGCAGGGAGGCUACAGAAGGUGUCCGGCUAUCCAUUGCCAAGAAGAAAUCUAUUCGUUUGAGCCUGAGGAACUCCUUCAGGUAAAAAAUUAGAAUGAAAGAACCUUUGGAUGGUGAAUGUGGCAAAGCAGUGGUACCACAGCAGGAGCUUCUGGACAAAAUUAAAGAAGAACCAGAUAAUGCUCAAGAGUAUGGAUGUGCCCAACAGCCAAAAACUCAAGAAAGUGAAUUAAAAAUUAGUGCUGUGUUUUCAGUUAGUGACAGACCUCUUGCACAACAGUUGAACCCAGGCUUUCAGCUUUCUUUGGCAUCAUCUGGCCCAAGUGUAUUGCUUCCUUCAGUUCCAGCCGUUGGUAUUAAGGUUUUUUGUUCUGGUUGUAAAAGAAUGCUUUAUAAGGGGCAAACUGCGUAUCAUAAGACAGGAUCUACUCAGCUCUUCUGCUCCACAAGAUGCAUCACCAGACAUUCUUCACCUGCCUGCCUGCCACCUCCUCCCAAGAAAACCUGCACAAAUUGCUCGAAAGAUAUUUUAAAUCCUAAGGAUGUGAUCACAACCCGCGUUGAGAAUUCCUCUCUCAGCAAAGAUUUCUGCAGCCAGUCAUGCUUGUCUUCUUAUGAGCUAAAGAAGAAACCUGUUGUUACCAUAUAUACCAAUAGCACUUCAACUAAGUGCAGUAUGUGUCAGAAGAAUGCUGAUAUUCGGUUUGAAGUUAAAUAUCAAAAUGUAGUACAUGGUCUUUGUAGUGAUGCCUGUUUUUCAAAAUUUCACUCUACCAACAACCUCACCAUGAAGUGUUGUGAGAACUGUGGGAGCUAUUGCUAUAGUAGCUCUGGUCCUUGCCAGUCCCAGAAGGUUUUUAGUUCAACAAGUGUCACGGCAUACAAGCAGAAUUCAGCCCAAACUCCUCCAUAUGCCCUGGGAAAGUCAUUGAGGCCCUCAGCUGAAAUGAUCGAGACUACGAAUGAUUCAGGAAAAACAGAGCUUUUCUGCUCUAUUAAUUGCUUAUCUGCCUACAGAGUUAAGACUGUUACUUCUUCAGGUGUCCAGGUUUCGUGUCAUAGUUGUAAAACCUCAGCAAUCCCUCAGUAUCACCUAGCCAUGUCAAAUGGAGCUAUAUACAGCUUCUGCAGCUCCAGUUGUGUGGUCGCUUUCCAGAAUGUAUUUAACAAGCCAAAAGGAACAAACUCUUCAGCAGUGCCCCUGUCUCGGGGCCAAGUGGUUGUAAGCCCACCCUCCUCCAGGUCAGCAGUGUCAUCAGGAGGAGGUAACACCUCUGCCGUUUCCCUUAGUGCCAUCAGUUUCUCUGCUACAGCUGGUCUCCAGCCUCUCAGGCCUCUCGCUGAACAAUCCCAGCAAGUUGCUUUAACCCAUACAGUUGUUAAACUCAAGUGUCAGCACUGUAACCAUCUGUUUGCCACAAAACCAGAACUUCUUUUCUACAAGGGUAAAAUGUUUCUGUUUUGUGGCAAGAAUUGCUCUGAUGAAUACAAGAAGAAAAAUAAAGUUGUGGCAAUGUGUGACUACUGUAAACUGCAGAAAAUUAUAAAGGAAACUGUGCGAUUCUCAGGGGUUGAUAAGCCAUUCUGUAGUGAAGUUUGCAAAUUCCUCUCUGCCCGUGACUUUGGGGAACGAUGGGGAAACUACUGUAAGAUGUGCAGCUAUUGUUCACAGACAUCCCCGAAUUUGGUGGAAAAUCGAUUGGAGGGCAAGUUAGAAGAGUUUUGUUGUGAAGAUUGUAUGUCCAAAUUUACAGUUCUGUUUUAUCAGAUGGCCAAGUGUGAUGGUUGUAAACGACAGGGUAAACUAAGCGAGUCUAUAAAGUGGCGAGGCAACAUCAAACAUUUCUGUAACCUAUUUUGUGUUUUGGAGUUUUGUCAUCAGCAAAUUAUGAAUGACUCUCUUCCACAAAAUAAAGGAAAUAUUUCUAAGGUGAAAACUGCUGUGGUGGAGCUCCCUUCUUCAAGGACAAAUACAACACCAGUUAUAACCAGUGUGGUGUCAUUGGCACAAAUACCUGCUGCCUCAUCUACAGGAAACAGUGUUUUAAAAGGUGCAGUUACCAAAGAGUCAGCAAAGAUCAUUGAAGAUGUGUCCUUUAUGUAUUCUGGAUUUUCCCCCUUUUCUACUCAUCAUUUUCAUCAACACAAAAAUAUGCAGUCCUACACCUUAUCUGAGAAUAAUCCUUUUGAACACCAUGGCCUUCCAGCAACUAUCCCUUUUCUCUGCUCUUUAUGGAAAAACUCCUCUAAAGGAAAGUACACAGGCAGAUGCUAUGAAACUUCCAUCUUCCCAAUCUUCCCAGCCUUCCAGGUUUUUAAAGAACAAAGGCGUAUUAUGCAAGCCUGUCACACAGACCAAGGCCACGUCUUGCAAACCACAUACACAGCACAAGGAAUGUCAGACAGAUUUACCUAUGCCUAAUGAAAAAAAUGAUGCAGAACUUGAUUCUCCACCUUCAAAGAAAAAAAGAUUAGGUUUUUUCCAGACAUAUGAUACAGAAUAUUUAAAAGUUGGUUUUAUUAUCUGUCCUGGAUCAAAAGAAAGUUCACCAAGGCCACAGUGUGUCAUUUGUGGAGAGAUCUUAUCCAGUGAAAACAUGAAGCCAGCAAAUCUUUCUCAUCAUUUGAAGACAAAACAUUCAGAAUUAGAAAACAAACCAGUAGAUUUUUUUGAACAAAAAUCUCUAGAAAUGGAAUGUCAAAAUCGUUCUUUAAAAAAGUAUUUACUAGUUGAAAAGUCACUUGUGAAAGCUUCUUAUUUAAUUGCUUUCCAAACUGCUGCAAGCAAGAAGCCAUUCUCCAUUGCUGAAGAAUUAAUUAAACCGUAUUUAGUAGAAAUGUGUUCAGAAGUUUUGGGUUCAAGUGCUGGAGACAAAAUGAAAACAAUUCCACUUUCUAAUAUUACAAUUCAACACAGGAUUGAUGAACUAUCUGCAGAUAUUGAAGACCAGCUGAUUCAGAAGGUCAGAGAGUCAAAGUGGUUUGCCCUUCAGAUAGAUGAGUCAUCAGAAAUCUCAAAUAUCACACUUCUUUUGUGCUAUAUUCGUUUCAUUGAUUAUGAUUGUCAUGAUGUAAAAGAAGAAUUAUUAUUUUGCAUUGAAAUGCCUACUCAAAUAACUGGUUGUGAAAUAUUUGAACUAAUAAAUAAAUAUAUUGAUAGUAAAUCUCUGAAUUGGAAACAUUGUGUUGGUCUAUGCACCGAUGGGGCUGCAAGCAUGACUGGCAGGUAUUCUGAUUUAAAAGCAAAAAUUCAAGAAGUUGCCAUGAAUACAGCAGCAUUUACACAUUGUUUUAUUCACCGUGAAUAUUUAGCCGCAGAAAAAAUGUCUCCAUGUUUACAUAAAAUUCUUUUGCAGUCAGCACAAAUUUUAAAUUUUGUAAAGAACAAUGCAUUGAAUUCACGAAUGUUAACAAUUUUGUGUGAAGAGAUGGGGUCUGAGCACGUGAGUUUACCGCUUCAUGCUGAAGUACGUUGGAUAUCAAGAGGGAGAAUGUUAAAAAGAUUAUUUGAAUUACGACAUGAGAUUGAAAUAUUCUUAAGUCAAAAGCAUUCAGAUUUGGCCAAGUAUUUUCAUGAUGAGGAAUGGGUUGCAAAGCUGGCCUACUUAUCAGAUAUAUUUUCACUUAUAAAUGAAUUAAAUUUAAGUCUCCAAGGAACUUUGACUACUUUCUUCAAUUUGUGUAAUAAAAUUGAUGUAUUUAAGAGAAAGUUAAAAGUGUGGUUGAAGUGCACACAAGAGAAUGAUUAUGAUAUGUUCCCUUCAUUUUCUGAAUUCUCAAAUUCAUCAGACUUAAAUAUGACAAAGAUCACAAGGAUUAUUUUUGAGCACCUGGAAGGACUUUCUCAAGUGUUCAGUGACUGUUUUCCACCAGAACAAGACUUACGUUCAGGAAAUUUGUGGAUAAUUAACCCUUUUAUGAAUCACCAAAAUAAUAAUCUCACCGACUUCGAAGAAGAAAAGCUAACACAGCUAUCUUCAGAUUUAGGAUUGCAAUCAGUAUUUAAAUCAGUGUCUGUAACUCAGUUUUGGAUAAAUGCAAAGGCAAGAUACCCAGAACUCCAUGAAAAGGCAAUGAAAUUUUUAUUACCCUUCUCAACUGUUUAUUUAUGUGAUGCUGCCUUCUCAGCUUUGACUGAGUCAAAACAAAGAAAUCUGUCGGUUUCGGGCCCUGCCCUAAGACUUGCAGUCACAUCUUUAAUUCCAAGGAUAGAAAAAUUAGUGAAAGAGAAAGAGUAGCAACAUGCACAUUGCUUAUCAGUGAAGUCAAUAAUUUUGCAUUAAGUUUUGUGUAAGUAUUUAAAAGAUAAUUUCCUAAUGUGGAUUUGUGUUUUUGGUGAUUAAAUGUUUUAAUAAUUUUUCA